GUUUUUCUCAAAGGCACCCGUAGUCCGACGGUUAUCCGCUACGGAACAUGAAUAAUUCCGUUUGAUUCUCUCGCGCGUGAAUUUCCAAAAGCUUAAAGAGACAUGAACGAUGAGAGUAAUAACGCAAUUAAGGACGCUUUUACCGAACCACGAAAAAAAUUUUGGCUACGAUCGAGGAAGCGUCCAAAAAGUGAUGCUAUCAGUAUCAGCUCCAUGGAUAUAUCCAUUGAAUCCGAAUUGGGGAAGAAAAAGAAACGGAGAAGAAUCACGGAAGUAGCCAACAGUAUUUUCAACUCUUCCAUUAUAGGCAGUAAACAAGGAAAUACCCUUCGUAGGUCAUUUACGAUACAGCCAAACGCAACAGAUUUAUCAUUCGUGGAAAAUGAACUGGAUGCUGGAACGUUAAGAAAAAAACACAAAGAGAAUAUCGACAGCACCGACAAUUAUAUGCUUAAAAGUUGGGUACUUGACGUAGCGAAGACGAGUAUCAAAGAUAGACCAAAUCAUGCCUUGAGUCGUAAACAAGUUAAAAGACAGGAAGCGAUUUACGAAUUGUAUUGCGGAGAAAAUGUACUCAUUAAUGACCUGUGCAUCCUCAAAAAUUAUUAUUACGAGCCGCUGAUCCAUACUGGUAUCUUCAGUUCUGAUGAGUUAUUUACGCUGUUCAAUAGCGUAACGCAUCUCAUUGAAAUACACAGUAAACUGAGAGAUGAACUGAUCAGUUUAAGAGACCAGUAUGGAUUCACAGACACGGUUGGCCCUACGAUACUAAAUUGGAUUCCAGCGUUAAUAAGCCCUUAUUUAGAAAGAUGUAGGACACAAAUAUGGGCAAAACGUUUGUUAGAUGAAAAAAGGUCUAAUAAACGUUUUCAAUCUUUCCUGAAAAAACGUUUGGAAUCUCCUCAUUCGAUCGAUCUAUGGACUUAUAUAGAUGUAGCACGAUCAAGAAUUGUUAAAUAUCCUUUGUUGGUUAAAGAAAUACUAAGGCAUACUCCAACCGUACAUGAGGAUCAGACGUGUUUAAAAGAAGCAUACGAUAUGCUAUCAAAAUUACUCAACGAUAUAGACAAAACUAUGGGGGCUGCAGAGUGUGAGUUAGCUCGCUCAAAAAUAAAUGUAAAAUUGGAUUAUGAUCAUACCAAGUGCAUAGAAAGUGCGACAGAACUGAUCACCGAAGGACAACUCAAAGAUACGCGAGGAAUGAAAUUUCAAUGCUUCCUUUUCAAUACUGGUUUUGCCAUAACUCGUAGGACAAGAUCUAUGAGCAAGAAGUAUAAUCUAUCUUUUCCCGUUAUCCUCAAAAAACAAAUCUGCAUAAGUGCAGAGGAGAAGCCUGCUACAUCUUGUGGGUUCAAAAUUGGCAAUCAUUUUUUACUAGCAGACGAUGAGCAUGGAAAAAGACAUUGGCUCGAUUCUUUUAACAAGGUUCAUCAAUACAGAAUCGAUUCCUUAGAAAAUGUAAUCGAUAUUAAUGAAAAGGAAAAUCAACAAAAUUUUACACUGACAAAAGCAAACCAGUCCACCGAAUCAUCCACGAAUAAUAUGAACAACUUCUCUCUGACAUUGAAAAGAAGCUUUUUAAAACAAAAACGUAAUAGCAAUGAUUACAUUUAAUAUUACGAAAUUAAAAAAUUUUCUUUAAUUAUUUUCUAUGCUUAUGUAUGUAUUAUAUGCAAUUAAAAAAUGUCCGCAACAUAUUCAUGAAUUUACGUGACAUUCUAGUGUAAAUUUAUAAAACAUUCUCGCACAUUAACGUACUACAAAUAUUUUGUACAACCGCGAAAAAAGUGAGAAUGUAAACACUUGACUGCCUUCUUCUCGCUUCGAGAUAAAUAUAACAUUCAUGUAAAAUAUAUAGAUUAUAUAUAAUUAAACGGUAGUUGGGUUGCUAAGGAAUAUUUAUGUACAAAUAU